AUAGUGUUCAUGAUAGUUGAAUGUAUUUGACGGAAAUAGAAAUUUGCUUCAUAGAAAAGAGGACCUGAGGUUCAUUUCAUUUUUGUUUAAGAAAAAAAAUGACACAUUAAGUUGAGAUGAUGAAUCUGAAGAAACCUGUAAAUGCGCAUAAUUACUGAAACACACAGAAAUGGCAAAAGGUGACCUUGACAACAGAAACAAAAAAUUUCAAAACUUUGAUUGUAUAAAAGAUACAACAAUCAAAAUACAGUACCUAAAUUAUGUUCGCUAUAGCUUGUCUGUGGCUUGGUAUAUAAUAAAAAAGUUGGUGUCUACAGAAACGACGUCGGCACUUAAAUUGCUAAAUGAUAUAGUUGGCACAAUACUGGAUCUGCAGUUUAUGACAGGAAAAUUAGGUGGAAUUUAUAGAGAAUAUAUGAUUACAGAUAAUAAAAACGAUAUAACUCCUAAAUAUUCGAAGGAAUUAGUAAAGUGUGACCCGGAUUCAGGCAAUAUCAAAAACUUUGCAAAAGGAAAAGAAGUUAUAGAAUGUGUUCAAGAUGAUGUUGCAGAGUAUUCAAAAAAUGAUCCUGGAGACGCAAUAAUUAUUAUAAGAAUAUGUUUAGACGACCCUGAUUUUUUGUCGAAUUUGUAUAAAAACGGAAAAAUACAAGUAAGGCACACAACACGGUCUUAUUUUAUGAAUACAGAAGGGUUAGAGAAUUUCUUAACGGGAAAUGAUAUUGUUUUAGUUCUAGAGAUUAACGUGUGUUGGAUAAUGAGCCAACAUGAAGAUCAAAUGCGCCAAUAUUUAAGUGUAGCAUCAAGCAUGCUAUUCGAAAUAGAUGUUCUUGAAAUUUUCAUCGAAACAAGUCGAUCGAGUAUUAUAUUGGGUACACUUUCCCUAUGUCGUCCGAUUUAUACUUUCAAUAUCAAUGGUAAUCAAUCGGUGAAGAAAUAUGAAUAUAGAAAUGAUAAUUACAUUUCACCAGAGUCAAAUGGAAAUCAUCUCCAAGGAAUUGGAUAUAAAUCGAAUAAAGAUAUACCAAAAGAUUCAAGCAAUAGUAAUUCUCACAAGAGUAAAGACAGGGUUUUUGCUUCACAUAAUGGGCAACAUAACAAAAUAGGAACAAAUAGAGUUCCAAACAGAAAUUGUGUAGUAAUUGGUAGUGCAAGUGACAUAAAACUAUAUUUAGAAAAUGCUCUUGAACAGGCAAAAUUAAGCGGACUUUUAACUCCAACAAAUCCCAACGGACCACAUGUGCAUUGGCCAUCGGGACAUCCCUUACUUCCGUUCAAAGUUCGAUUCAUAGAAGAACUGACAUAUGAAAAUGAAUAUAUGGAAAGACUUCAGUCAUUCUUGUUAAAGAAAAAUAAGCGAAAACGAAAUUGGCCUGAUGAAAACAUAGUUCGACCCGAGCCUCUUGUAAAUGCAGGCUUUAGCUAUGAAGGCAACGACGAUGAAGUUGUUUGUAAAUCCUGUCGUUUCAAAUCUAAAACAGACAAUUGGUUAGAUGAUGAUGACGAUUAUGCUAUUAAUAUUCACCGACAAACACAGAAUGAUUGCGCCUUUUUAGGAAUAUCACGUGUGGCUCUGCAAUCUAAAUCUGUCGAAAAAGGCAAUACAGUAUCUCCACACUACAUAACAAAAGAAGCUACGUUUGUUUUUCAUUCAAAUCCUUUAAUGACAAACAUCACAACAAACCCUCAAAGCGGCAACACAUUUGUUCCAAAUGAAUUAGCUUUCAGUGACUGAAUGAUAUUUCAAACAAAAACGGCUUUUAUUCUAUCUUAUUGUAUA